GUUUACCUUGAAGGCGGCCUCCCCCAUGCUCCAGAGGCUGACAGCAAGGAGCUGGUUUUAACGGACCCAGGGAGGAGCCAAGCAUCUCCUUACCGGGCCUUUCCCUGUCCCCACGUCAUCAUGGGUGCCCCUAUGAAGGCUACCAGGGUUCUGUCAUGGCCUAGAUCUAGACUUCCUAACAUGGGAACUAUUGGCAUUUUGAGGCUGGAUAAUCCUUUGCUGUGGGUCUGCCCUGUGCACUGUAGGACCCCACCUCCACCUGCUGAACACCAGCAGCACCCAUGGCAGAAUGCCUCUACACAUGACCUGAACAUGGUGGGGAGACCCAGUUAGUUCCCCAAAUUAGACACUCUCAAUUGUCCUUUAGCCAAGUGGUAAAUGCAGGAGGCGCUAAGACUUUGGCUGAUUCUGUGCUUCUUCCAGGAAUGGAUAAAUUGGGGCAGAUCAUCUCCUUAGGACAGUUCGUCUACCAACAAUGUGAAGACAUGAAAUUCUGCCGCAGACAGUGCCAGCGCCUCGGGAGCCGCGUGCACAGCCUGCUGCAGCCGCUGCAGAUGCUUCAGGCCCAAGGGAAGCAGAUCUCGUCCACUGAGGUCACGACUGCCCUGGACCGCUUCCAGGCCAUCCUGGAGAAAGCCAAGGGCCAGAUAGAGGAAUUCCGCCAGAAAUCCAGCAUUUACAGGUUUUUCACCGCAGGCCAGGACAAAAUUCUUUUCAGGGAAGUGAACGAGCAGCUGAGGGAUGUUUGGGAGGCACUCUCACUGGUGCUUCAGGUUGACCAAUGGAUGCUGGUGUCUGGGGGUAGCCAAGGAGCAUACUGGCAGCGGGAAGAUGAGCAGGAUGCAGAGGAAGACUGGCGAGUGAUCCAAAGGCGGAGAAUGGACAAUGAAGAUGUGAUGGCUUCACUGAGGCGGUUGGAAAUCAACAUAAAAGAGAUCAAGGAAACUUUAAGACAGUACUCAAGGAGACCGACAACGCCAGUGACGCCCCCAGAACCAAUCAAGGAGAUUCCGAAGGUGCAGCUUUGCGCCUCCCCAUGGAGCCUGCUGAGGGAGGAUGGAUUCAGCACACUGUACAAAGGAGAGUAUCACAGAUCCCCGGUGACCAUCAAAGUCUUCAACAAACCCCAGGCCAUCCCUGGAUUAGUGAGACAUACGUUCAAUAAUGAAAUCAGAACCAUGAGGAAGUUUGAUUCUCCCAACAUCCUGCGGAUCUUUGGGAUUUGCAUUGAUGAAACAGUGACUCCUCCUCAGUUCUCCAUCAUCAUGGAGCACUGUGAGCUCGGGACCCUGAGGGAGCUAUUGGAUAAAGAAAAGGACCUGACGUUUGGCGUGCGCUUCAUCCUGGCCCUGGAGGCAGCCAAAGGCUUGUACAGGCUACACCAUACAGAAGCACCUGAACUCCACAGAAAUAUCAGCAGCAGGAGCUUUCUGGUAACCAAAGGCUACCAAGUGAAGCUCGCAGGAUUUGAACUGAGCAAAACCCAGACUUCCAUCAGUCGGGAAAUGAAGGGGAAUAAAACAGACCGAGUGAGUGCUGCAGCGUACAUCUCGCCUCAGUGCCUGGACAACGUUUUUCGUAAAUAUGACAUAAAAGCUGAAAUAUACAGCUUUGGAAUCGUCCUGUGGGAAAUCGCCACUGGGAGGAUCCCAUUUGAAGGCUGUGAUUCUAAGACUAUCUACCAGCUGGUGGUUGUGCAACGGCAGCAGGAGCCGCUGGGAGAAGACUGCCUCCCGGUGCUGCAGGAGGUGAUUGGGCAGUGCCGGGCCUACGAGCCGGCAGAACGGCCCUCCAUGCAGGAAAUCAUAGAGAAACUGUCUACCUUCACUAGCUCAUGUACUGAAACCUGAGCCAUGGAUGCCCUGGAUGUGAAGCUGGAAGACACAUGAACUGGACAUAUCUUUUACAUCCUUCGCCAUCAG